AUGUCUUCCCACAAGACUUUCGGGAUUAAGCAAUUCCUGGCCAAGAAACAAAAGCAAAAUCGUCCCCAGUGGAUUUGGAUGAAAACUGGUAAUAAAAUCAGGUACAACUCCAAUAGGAGACAUUGGAGAAGAACCAAGCUGGGCCUAUAA